AUGACCGCUUCUACACCCAAGGGCCAGCCAAUCGGGCUACCACCCCGCGAGGCUUUGGCACCGGAUGCGGAUACGAAGAUUCUCAAGGUUGGCAUUGUUGGGGCUGGAAUCGGUGGCCUGGCGGCUGCAAUGACCUUGCUUGCCGACGGGCAUGAUGUUGAGAUCUUUGAAAGGUCCGAAUCCAAUGACGAAUAUGGAGCUGCCAUCAGCACGCCUCCGAAUUCAACACGCAUACUACGCUACUAUGGCUUUGACUUUGUUCGGUCUCGUGCCACUCUGGCUCAGAAGUACGUUAAUAUCGACCCGCGAGAUAUUUCGCAAAGAGAAUCACACGUAGUCGCGGAUUUUGAAGAGACGUAUGGUGCUCCUUGGUGGUUUUUUCACCGCUCCGACUUGCACAGUGAAUUGAAGCGCGUGGCACUGCACCUAGACUCCAGCAAGGGAAAUCGCGCCACACUACGACUCAGCAACUUGGUGGUUGACGUCACCACCGAUGGUCUCAUCACUUUGGCCGAUGGAAAGCAGGUGCAAAAGGACCUUGUGGUUGCCGCUGAUGGCGUUCGGUCUGCCUUUAUUUCAAAGAUUCAUAACGAGGGCGGCGAGUUGCGUCACCUUAUGGACAUGGCUCGGUUUCUCAUACCUUCAGAACGGCUGGUCGCAGAUCCCAUAUCCGGACCAAUUCUCGGAGACGAGGGCCUCGCUUCCAUGAGAAUUAUAGCGAACUCCAAAUGCAGUCUGGUAUUUUAUGGCUGUAGAGGGGAGCUGAUCAUGUCGAUAAGUCUGGCCGAAAAUGUUGGAAGGUGGAAGUUAUGCGUCAGGGAACCGCUGCAACACCUAGCCCGAGGUAGGCUGGUCGUCAUUGGCGAUGCUGCCCAUCCUAUGCCUCCGGUCCGUGCGCAGGGUGCAUCUAUGGCAAUCGAAGAUGCAGGCACACUGGGGGUCCUGUUCUCCUGUAUUCGGUCGAGGGGUGACGUUGAGGGUCGACUGCGGCUCUACAACGAACUUCGCGUCAACAGAGUCGCCGCUAUACAAACCAUGUCAGCUUUUCUUCAUUGGGACCCCGAUAAGCUUACGGAGAAGCAAGUUGGCUAUUUCGAGGGCAAUGUUCCCCUCACACCGGAGGACCUGGAGAAUGUGUCUUACAGCCAUAAUGCUAUGGGCCUAGCUUACUCCGCCUUGCAACCUGAAGCUGAGCUUUAG